UACCGGGAAAGAAUUCAUGUGUUCUCCCAUUUUCUCUAUCUCUCUCUACACAAAAACAAACAAAAAAACAUAAACUCAAACCGAAAAAAAGAAAAGAAAAAGAAAACGAGAAUCAAUUUGUGUCGUAGUUAUGGAUAAAAAAGACAAAGCAAAAGAGAAGAAGGAAAAGAGGCGCCAAGAGAUCUCUCUCCUCCGUACCAUCCCUUACUCCGAUCAUCAAAGAUGGUGGACCUCCGAAACUAUAGCUGUUGUGACUGGUGCAAAUAGGGGGAUCGGAUUUGAGAUUGUGCACCAGCUCGCGUUGCACGGGAUCACAGUCAUUCUCACAUCACGAGAGACAGGAGUUGGACAAGAAGCAGCAAAAGUCUUACAAGAAGGAGGUUUGAAUGUAGUGUUUCACCAACUAGACAUCAUAGACCCUCCAUCAAUUGAAGCCUUUGUUGAAUGGGUGAAAGAACAAUAUGGCGGUGUAGAUAUAUUGAUAAACAAUGCUGGAGUAAAUUACAAUGCUGGAUCAGACAACUCUGUGGAACAUGCUGAACAAGUUAUUGAGACCAACUACUUUGGGACCAAAAAUAUGAUAAAAGCAAUGAUUCCUCUUAUGAGGCCUUCGGAACCAGGUGCCCGGAUUGUUAAUGUCAGUUCCAAAUUGGGAAGAUUGAGUGGGCGGAGAAAUAGAAUUGAAAAUGCUGAAAUAAGAAAAAAGCUAGAAAACGAUGAGUUGCUAUCUGAGGAAUUGAUUGAUGAAGUGAUGAAUACAUUCUUGCAACAAGUAAAGGAUGGGACUUGGAAACAAGGCGGAUGGCCUCAUGUAUUUACAGACUAUUCUUUGUCCAAACUGGCAGUUAACACUUACACAAGGCUGCUGGCGAGGGAGUUUGCUAGUCGUCCAGAAGGCCAAAAGAUAUACAUUAAUUGCUACUGCCCCGGGUGGGUGAGGACCGCUAUGACUAGUUGGGCUGGACACAUUAGCAUAGAGGAAGGGGCUGACACUGCAGUGUGGCUUGCCUUGCUUCCGGAUCAGUUUGUCACUGGCAAGUUCUUCUCCGAGAGGCGUGAGAUAAAUUUCUGAUGUAGAAAAUUGGUGUUCUGUGAACUACAUUUCUGUUGCACCGGUUCCCUCGUUUAGUAUUCAGGGAAACAGCCGACAUAUGAUGGAGCGUUGCUGGUGAAAAACAUAUGUGUGCGUGUGUGUGUUUAAAACUUUCUUCUGUUUUAGAGGAUUGGCUACUGAACUGAUCUGAUUUACAUUAUGGAAAGUGGAUUUUUGCUGACUGAUUUGAUUAUGGGAAGAGUUUCAGUGAAGAAGCAAGAGCAACGUCGUUUAUCUGCAUCGCUUCUGCCUCUUACUAUUGGAAUCAAGAGUCCUUUGCAUCAGGAAACUUAGAACUGGUUAGCUUUUGUUUUCUGAUUUUGAUACAUGGAACAGGAACAACAGUCAAUUACAACAAGGGCAGCAGAUUUUUGGGCCAUUUUUUGUUUAUGAUACUAAGAUUUGGUUUUGCAUUUGAUAGUGUCGAUUUGAAAAUUAUCAUAACAAAUUUAUUGAGGUUAUUUUGGUGA